AUGGCAAAUGAUCUGUGGAGAGACUGUGUUAGUUGGUUAACAAGAUGUGGUGUUUUACGACCUGACCAUAAAGCUAACUGGCCUGAAGCUACUCUUACAGAUUUAGCAUACACCCUUAGAGAUGGUGUGUUACUGUGUAAUUUCAUCAAUAAAAUAGAUCCAGGCUGUAUAGAUAUGAAAGAUGUUAAUCAGAAACCACAAUUUGCUCAGUUCCUUUGUUUGAGGAAUAUAAAGACUUUUUUGCAAGCUUGCCAUGAAUAUUACGGACUUAAAGAAAGUGAUUUGUUUGAACCUUCAAUGCUAUUUGAUUUGACUGAUCUCUAUAGAGUUAUCCAUACAUUAUCAAAGCUUUCAAACUGUCCAAAAGUACAGAGACACAGUAUUUCUGGAUUUUCUGUUCAUAAACCAAGGACCUUAUCACAAGAAGACAUAUACCGAAACCUUAGUUCAAACAGUGGUGAAGAUGAAGCCUGUGCUGUCAUCGAGGAUUGUGUUGAAUAUGCACAUUAUGAUACUCAUGUCCGAAAUGAAGAAAUAUAUCAAGAUCUCUGUUCUAUCGAUAAACAUGCAACACCUGCACUUUUCGUUCCAGCUGCCAUUAAUCAUAGUUUUGAAAAACGGGAUUAUGUAAUUAAUGAGUUGGUAGAAACUGAGAAGAAUUACAUUGAUGUUUUAAGCACACUUCAACGGUGUUUUAUUAGACCUUUGUCAACUGUUCUAAAAGAAGAAGAUAUUAAAGCAAUAUUUGGUGGUAUAAAGGAACUAUAUGAAAUUCAUGUAGGAUUUCAUAGCCAACUUACGAAAGCUGUUACACCUGGUACUCAUUAUCGCUUAAGUGAAGCUUUUUUGAACUGGAGGGAAAAGUUUUUAACAUAUGGUGACUAUUGUGCUAAUCUUACUAUCGCACAAGCAAAAAUACAGGAAUUAUCUGUGAGGAAUGAUAUUUUUAAUAUGCAGCUCACGAGAUGUCAAGAAGAGGCUAACAAUGGAAAAUUCAAGCUUCGUGAUAUCCUUUCUGUUCCCAUGCAACGUAUUCUGAAAUAUCAUUUGCUUCUAGAAAAGCUGUUGAGUGAAACUCAGCCCAAUCAUGAAGAUUAUCGUGGUUUGGAGAGAGCAAGAGAAGCAAUGGUAGAUGUAGCUCAAUAUAUUAAUGAAGUCAAGAGGGACAGUGAUACCCUGCAAAUAAUGGCUGAUAUUCAGUCUAGCAUAAUUGAUAUGCCAGAGAAUGCCAAACUUAAAGAUUUUGGGAAACUGAUUAAAGAUGGUGAACUUAGAAUUAAGGCUCACAAUAACCAAAAAGUUAAACUCAGAUAUGUGUUUAUUUUUGAUAAAGUUAUGGUCAUGUGUAAAACUUUAAGGGGAGAUCAAUAUAGCCAUAAAGGCUGCCUUCCUUUAGCAGAUUUUAAGGUUGAUGAUUCAAGUAACAGGAAGAGUUUACAAAGGGAUGUUCGAUGGACGCAUCAAUGGUUUCUGGUUCGUAAGACUGAAUGUACUGCCUACACACUUUAUGCUAGAAAUGAAGAACAGAAAAAAAAGUGGAUAAAAGCACUUCAAGAUGCCAUGGACAACAUCGAACCAUAUGGUUGCAGGAAUACAGAUCACAAAUUUCAAAUGCAUACUUUUGAGGAACCAACUACUUGUUUACACUGUAGUAAAUUUUUGAAAGGACGGAUCUUUCAGGGAUAUAAAUGUGAAAAAUGUGCCAUCCCUGCCCAUAAAAACUGCAUUAUAUAUUCAGGAAGAUGUGGUUCAAAACAACCGCCAGAGUUACCACCAAGACCUCCUUUAGCCGUUCGCCAUGAUGUUGAACUGAAUAAUAUCCAGCCAGUUAUGCCUCGACCAGUGUCAGGGCCACCAGAUUUGGGAAGAACCUGGACUGACCAUGGUGCACUUGCUGAACAUUUGUGGUUUGUGGGAGAAAUGGGGCGUGAAAAAGCAGCAGAACUACUAGAGAGACAACUGGAUGGGACUUAUUUAUUGAGGAUCCGUCCUCAAGGUGCUACACAUCCUAAUGAGACUGUAUAUGCUCUAAGUUUGAAAGCUGAUGAAAAAGUAAAGCAUAUGAAAGUUUAUGAGAAGGAAUCAGAUGGAAAAAUGCAGUACUAUCUUUCAGAAUCUCGAUUUUUUAGAUCUUUAGUCGAUCUCAUAGCAUGUUAUGAGCACACAAGCCUUGGUGAAAAUUUUGUUGGCUUAGACGUUCGUUUGAAAUGGCCAUACAGACGAAUUGUUGCAAUUGCUGAAUUUGAUUUCAACCCUUCAGAGUCGAAUCAAUUGCCUCUGAAACAAGGAUGCCAAGUUAUUGUCUUGAGUAAAGAAGGUGAUCAUAAAGGAUGGUGGAAGGGUAUGAUUCAAGACAGGGUGAGAAACAUUACUGAAGUUGGCUUUUUCCCUAAAGUUUAUGUCAAAGAAAUUUCAAAUACAUGGAAUGUUGCUGAAUUUCACUAG